CCGGAUAUUCUAUGAUUCUAUGAUUUCUAGAAGUUGCUACAAGGUCAAUUAGACCUUGUAGCGACUUCUGUUAUGACCCUAAGAUUCCAGAGUUUACGUCUGGAGACAUCCAUAUAUGCAUAUAUGGUAACUUUCAUCAGGGUAAAGCUUUUUUCCAGCGUCUUACUAGGUUAGUUUCCAGUGCCCCUUUUGCUAUACUCAGUAUUACACUGUAUACUCCCACAGGUGUAGCUUCACUGAAAAAUGGCAGAGAUGUUUUACUCUGCCUUGUUGUUGUCUCUGAACCAUUUGUGAAUCCCUUUGGUCUCUCCAGGCUGUGUGAGGAAAUCUAUUGGCCUGAAAUUUCUUUGUCAGGACCUGACAUGGGUCACUUCUGUGUUAAAAUUGGGCAAGCUGGACAUCAACCAAAACUAUUAAUUCUUCAAGUGCAUUUCCUUUGUGUCUAUGUAUCAAGGCACACAAGAUAGGAGGUGUCAACAGUGUGCAGCAGGUCUGCAUAAUGUAGUGUAGUUGUGCAGAUUGCUGGCUUGUUCUCAAUCACUUUGAGUGCUCAGAAAAUGGGUUUCUAAUUGCACAGGAGGGAUGCAGCCACAGUGGAGCAUGUGGUUUGCUUGCACAGCUCUUGGAGGUGCUGUGCAUGAGGUCUGCAAGAGCCCUACCCUGAAAUUCACAACUGCCUGAACCUGUUGGAGGUUCAUAGUCGUAGCACAGCCAGGAAGUUAUUUUUCAAACUCAAGAUAAUUUUCUUUUCUCUAGGAAAAGGUUUCUACCCAUCCACUAGCCCUGAUAAUGUGUAAGAAAAAUUGCAUUCAAAACCACUUUACUUCCGUUUAUUAACAGAUGAGCUGCGAACAGAAGCUCGUCGAAAAAAUCUCCUCAUUCUAAUUUUGCAUUACUUAAUGGAGGAAGGGUAUAUCGAUGCUGCAAAUGCUUUGGAACAAGAGACAACAUUAGGCUUACGUGGCUUUGAAGUUUGUGACAACAUUGAUCUUGAGACAAUUUUGAUGGAAUAUGAAAGCUAUUACUUUGUAAAAUUUCAAAAAUAUCCUAAAAUUACCAAGAAGGUCCUGGACACUGCAGAAAACAAACAGCAGCUGAGAACUGCAGGAAAAAAUAGAAGGGCAGCAAGCUCUUCUCAGAAUCUUCCAAGGACGAAACAUCAGACAGUACAACGACCAUCAUCAAAAACUUCACCUGGGGGGACAACAGAACUUAAAUUAUCCACCAAAGAGAGCCCCAAACAGAAUAAUGACAGUGCAGUUACUUCAGAGCAAUCUGACUUUGGCUUAAGCAUCUCAGCAAUCAACAAAUCUGGAGGAGCAGGAGAAGGUCCUCAACCAAGAAGGGACCAAAUAAUUGACUUCCAUGGGAUGGUCCAAGAUGCUAUCAAAGUAUCAUCAAAUGGAAUAGCCUUGAACAGUCUUAAUUGGGAUCCAGAUCCAUCAGAACGAUUAUUAAAACCCCUUAGUGCUUUUAUUGGCAUGACUGGUGAGAUGAGAGAACUCGCAACAGUUGUAAGCAAAGACAUCUACCUCCAUAACCCAAAUGUGAAGUGGGAUGAUAUUAUUGGACUGGAUGCAGCUAAAAGGCUAGUCAAGGAAGCAGUUGUUUAUCCUAUAAGGUACCCACAACUGUUUACAGGCAUUCUGUCUCCUUGGAAGGGUUUAUUGCUUUAUGGACCACCAGGUACUGGGAAAACAUUGCUUGCUAAGGCAGUUGCCACGGAAUGCAAAACAACCUUUUUCAACAUAUCAGCAUCCACCAUUGUCAGCAAAUGGAGGGGUGAUUCAGAAAAACUUGUGCGGGUGCUAUUUGAGCUUGCCCGGUACCAUGCUCCUUCCACAAUUUUCUUGGAUGAGCUGGACUCAGUUAUGAGUCAAAGAGGCACUGUUUCUGGUGGUGAACAUGAAGGAAGUCGACGGAUGAAAACAGAAUUACUGGUGCAGAUGGAUGGCUUGGCCCGAUCUGAUGAUCUUGUAUUUGUUUUAGCAGCUUCCAAUCUGCCAUGGGAGUUGGAUUCUGCCAUGCUGCGGCGGCUGGAGAAGCGGAUUUUGGUCGACCUUCCAAGUAAAGAGGCACGGCGGGCGAUGAUCCAGCACUGGCUGCCCCCUCUGAGCAACAGCGGAGGAGUGGAGCUGAGAACAGACCUGGACUACAGCUUGCUGGGCCAGGAAACCGAGGGGUACUCUGGUUCAGAUAUUAAACUCGUGUGCAAGGAAGCAGCCAUGAGACCAGUGAGGAAAAUCUUUGAUGCUCUUGAAAACCAUCAGCAAGGUAACAGUAACUUACCUGUGAUCCGACUGGAUACAAUCACAACAGCAGAUUUCCUGGAUGUGAUUGCCCAUACCAAGCCAUCGGCAAAGAAGCUGAGCCAGAAAUAUACAGCUUGGCAGAGAGAGUUUGAGUCAGUUUGAAGAGAAAAAUCCUGAAAGACUUUUGCUAUCCCAAAUGACAUCUGUGUCACCUCCAAAGGACUGAAUGGUGAUGGAGAAGGAAAUGCUGUUGUUUUGGGGAGAGAAUGCCGUGAGAAAUGUCAGGUAGAAAUCUUUGAAAAUGCAGUGGGGGAGGGAGGGUUGUUUUUAUUAGCCAUUUUCAAUGACUGUUCAAAAAUAUUCUUUACAGAAUUAAUGUAAUGGCAGAAUGUCAGUUGCUAUGUAAUGAAAACUCUAGCCUUAACUUUAUACAUAAAGACUUAAAGCUUGA